AUGGUGUGUGACAGCGUGAUAUACCACCCUACCCUCACGCGGCUAGUGCGCUACCUAGACAGCACCGCCGGGCGCGAGAAGACGCUCCGGCUGCUGCAGUACCUGUGCCGAUUCCUGGGCUUCCAGUACAAGUCGGUGCUGGCCCGGCAGCUGCAGGCGCAGUUCACGGUGACGCGCAAGCUGCUGCGGUUUCUGAAGCCGCUCAACCACAUGCAGCUGGCCGCGAAGCUGUACGACAACAAGAUAGGCCCGGACGAGCUGCUACGUGUGGCCGGCGUGGUCAAGAACAUGUUCAGCGCGGCGUACCUGGCGCUAGAUCAGGUCAACCUGCUGCGGAUGCUGCGCAUCGUGCCGACCACGCCGCUUACCGCGACGCGCCUGCCCCGCUGGACCAACUGGAUGUGGUUCGGCGCGCUGGUCGCGGGCAUCGUGUCCGACCUGCGCACGCUGGAGGUCUCGCAGCGCCGCCUGGCGACGGCGUCGCCGGAGAAGGACGCGCGCCAGCUGUCCAAGACGCAGGAGGAGCGCUUCCGCGCGGUGCGUCGCCUGAUCUGGGACUGUCUGGACAUGUUCAUCGUGCUGAACAACCUCAGCUUCCUGGGCGCCCACGACGGCUCCGUGGGCCUCGCGGGUGUGGCCACCUCGCUCUUCGGUAUCCAGGAUCUCUGGAAUGCCUCGUGA